AAAGAGCAGAUGCUUCAUAUUGUAUUCUGGUAGGAAACUCAUAAGACUGCGUUAGGUUUAUCGAACAACGUGAAAAGGAAGAUUGAUAAUGGCGUUUGCAACAUCUGUGGUUUUUAUAACACUGAAGACUCGCGCCAGUAUUUUAACUGCUCAAUAGAUAUUAUUGAGUGUAGACGGAGCUUUGCCUUUGUUACUGAUGAUUCCGGCAAUUUCGCUUCGUUAAUUGGGAAGGACAUGUGCUGACUGAACAGAAUGUCUGCGUCAGACCUAAGUAAUAGCCUGAGCGAUGACGAAGGAAAUCAUGACGUCAAUACAGUGGAAGUCGAGCAGGAGAGUGAGUACGAGACUGAUAUAGAAAUUGAAGAUGAAUGUAAAGAGGGGUUUGAUCCAACUGGAAGGACACGAUAUUUACGGAAAUGUGAUGAAUUAGGAGUUGUUCCGGUAUCGAAUUUUCUGGCAAAUCUCAAAAAUGCGUCGUGCGACUUAAAACACAACAGACUUGGACCAAAAGGAAUGCAAGCAGUAGCUAGAGCACUCAUUCAAAACAAUUAUAUCACGGAGUUAAUUCUCGGCGAUAAUGCCAUACAAUCAGAAGGAAGUGUUUACUUGGCAAAAUUAUUACGAGAGAACCUAAAUAUCACAAAACUAGACAUCAGCGAAAACGAGAUUGGCAGCGCUGGGGCAAAUAGUGUCGCUCGGGUAUUUCAAGAGAAUAAUAGCUUGCUUAGUAUCAACUUAGCAGAAAACCUCUUUAAGGAUACCGACGCCAGCGUUUUAGCACAAGCAUUAAAGCGUAACGGUGGAUUACGUCAUCUUAAUUUGAGUCGUAACAAGUUCUCUAAAGAAGCCGGGAUAUCUUUAGGAAAUGUUAUUGAUGUCAAUACUAGUCUAAAAACACUGGAUCUUAGUUGGAAUCAUCUUAGAGGCUCUGGUGCAAUUGCCAUAGCGAAGGGUCUGGAGAAUAACUGCAGCUUACAUUCGCUUUUGCUGGCUUGGAAUGGAUUUGGUGAUGACGGCGCAUGUGCGGUAGCAAAGGCGCUAAUGGAAAACAACACACUUCAAGAACUUGAUCUUUCAAACAAUAGAAUCACCCGACAAGGUUGUUUUGCUUUGGCAGACGCUUUGAAAGUCAAUUCAUCUUUGAAGAUCUUGAAAAUUGGCAGAAAUCAAAUAGGCGGCGAUGGAGCUCAUGCACUCCUUUCUGCAAUACAAGGCAAUGCAGAGACAAGUAUUGAGCUGGUUGAUAUGGAUGGUGUGGUGAUAGAGCAGCAAACACAGUCAGUGCUGAGUAAACUCCUGAAAUGCAAACCACAUUUUGAUAUCUCUUGCGGCUUCAGUAAAUCAGGCGGCCAACUUGGGCAGGAUUUGCAAGACGUGUACAAUAGACGACAUCGGCCAAAAAAAUACAGCGCUGAAUACACCAUACAGGUACUGAAAGCAUAUGUCAAGUCGAAAAAUCUUCGUUUACUUGACCUAUUUAAUCAGUUUGACAAAGACAAAAGUCAAUCAGUAUCUCGAGAGGAACUUAAACGUGGAUUCAAGUCUAUUGAUGUCCCUCUGUCAGAUAAACAACUCGAUAACUUUCUACGUGAAAUGGAUAUUGAUGGAGAUGGAGAAAUCGAUUACAGCGAGUUUACAUGGAUCAACGACGCCAGUUAAAUAUUUGUCAGACACGAGUUUUCAUGUUUCACCUUGUUCAUAUAAAGAAAGAACGGCUUUCGCUGUUCGUAUAAAGAACAUACACAUUAGAUAUUUCGAAAAGUUUCUUUUUUCUCUUAAAACCGAGUGUGUAAGAAGAUUUAGUACGACUAUUGCAUUAUUUUAGUAAUCAAAAUAAUUGUUUCCACUAUAUGCAUUUUGUAACGCGACUGCUGCUGACUGUAAUGGGCAAAUAGAAUAAGCAAAUAAUAUUGCGAGAAAUACUUUCAGUACACUACGUACCAAAUACAUUGAAAAUAUUUGGAAGAAUUUUCCAAAUACAGUCCAAGAAGAGUCGCAAAUACAGUCGCAAAUACAGUCGCAAAUACAGUCGCAAAGGGACUGGUGCGAAGCAAGAUGGACGUCGUAACUGAAAAAUUCUUCCAAAUUGCGAGCCUGCAUGAUACUUACUCAUUUCAGGUAAGGUCAAAGUGCAUUCUGGGAUCGUUUUGGGGAGGAAAGUACGAUACGAAGUUUCAACUAUCAUGUGCGAUCAAAAAAGGCUGAUCUGUCGAUUGGUGUGUCAUAUGCUUUUGUCCGGCCGUUCAACGCAUUUAUCGUGGCAAUACUCAGAUCGACUUAAUUUGCCUUUGGGAAGCUGCCACUGAUAUGCAUAUGCUAAAGUGACGGAGGGAUCUGUGUUGAUAGGAUUAGGAUAUAUAUGACUGUGUUGAUAGGAUAUUAUAGGAUAUAGAUUUUUGUCACUGCUGUUCCUCUAUGAGGAGAUGGUCAUAUGCAAAAAGGCGGGGGAUCCUAGCUAAAGUAAACGUAUACUUCACUAUAUAUAUAUAGGUCAGCGAAAAUGGCUAAUUCGCAAAAUUGGCAAAUUACCAAAAGGACGUGAAUAACAAGCGGUAACCUCGUUAACACAUUUUAGUAAGGGGGGUGAAAGACGUCUCGGCAUCUGGCAUUAAUCAAUUCAUGCUUUUUAAUGCAUAGGGUUGCACGCUGUAAAAACAGUACCAAUUUAAAAUUGGUUAUUGGUUAUCCACAUUCAUUUAUAGGACCAAAUAUUUAUUGGCAUCAAAUG